AUGCAAGGUUCGGACACGAAACAAGGACCGAGAGACCAAUGGGGGAAUGUGAAAAUACCGCGGCUUCCAGACCCCAGUUCCUCUGAAGCAGACUCUGAUGGAUGGUUUCAAGUGCCUAACGGAACUGCCAGUCCUGAGCGAUACUCAUCACUUUCCGGUAUUGCUAUUGUUGGCCUCGCCAACCUUGACAAGGAGGAUGUCGAAUUCACUGUGGAGACCUCCUACGUGGAGCUUGCCUGCUCAGAAGGGCAGUUUAUGUCUGCUAGUGUGGGAAACAGGGGUGGACUGAGUGUCACCUGUCCGGACUGUGGCCUGAUUUGUGCUACAGGUGCAUAUAACCGAACUGCUGCUUUUCUCGGGCCCCCUUUCCCCGGGCUUACAGCCGCACAACUGGCGGACCCAUCUAUGACCAGGCCACGUUCGAUCGUAUUCAACUCCUCAGUCUUUAAAAGUGACCUUGUAGGGUUCCUGCAAACCACCUGUCAGGUCACCCAGCAGCAUGUGGAAACGCAGAUCGAAUGCGCUGGUAAUGAAUGCAAUGCUACCAAGAUUCGAUCAUCAAGAACGGACCACCGCAGUGGAAAUUAUACUAGCUUCGACGAUUGGGGUGGCUUUGCUUUGGAUCUGAUUUCAAAAUCUAGUGUGCCAGGACAGGCUGGAGUGGGAGACGACCCAUCCAUCUCGGAAGGAGCAAGCACGUCUGAGUUGUUUAUUCAAAAUUCAACCGCUAUUCCAGCUCCAUCAACUGAUAUGUUGAUUAUGGAGGGCUCAUACUUCAAUCUUUCCACCAUCGGCAAUGAUGUUUUUGCCACAAGGGCAUCAAUGCUACUGAACACGGCCCUCCAGGUUUUUACGUGUCCCUCGUGCUUCGCUGGCAACUUUCCGUCUAAUAUGAGCAUCUACGGCCCAGAUUAUAUUCCCGCAGAUGGAAUGGCCAUAAUGUGGAAAACAUACAACUUAACGAUAGCAUCUGCCUUCGACGGGGGGUUUCCCGCGAUGGGGCAGGCCCCAUUUAUGGCAGCAUCUACCAAUGCUACGGUGACAAGCCAUACCGAAGUAUACCGACCACGUUAUGGGUGGAUAGGCGCACUUGCUGGAUCUGUGGCGGUGAUUGGCUCACUGGGACUUUUCAGUCUUUGUCUCAGAGCUAGUACAAGAAUUCCCAAUGUGUUUGAUCCGGUUAUGGGCCUGACAUAUAACAAUGAAUACACGCCUCCGGCUUACCAAGGAGAGCUCGAUUCAAAAGAUCGAGCGAAAUUACUUCAAGAUGAGCGUGUUCGAUUUGGGGGUGUGGGAUUUAAAGAUAUGAAGGCAAGAAUUGCGUUUGGCGAAGAGGCAAUGGUCAGUAUUGUGGAUAACAAGACAUUGUACCACGAGCAAAUUUGA